AUGGACGCCAUCCAAGUCUUAAACGGAAUUAUCUUCGGUGAAAAGCCCGAUCCAAUAGCGGUCAUAAAUUAUGUAGCGCUAUUACGAGAAGUGUUUUCGCAUGCAUGCGCUAACUUAAAGGGCAAAUGCAUCAGCGAAAGCGACAGAAGGCUAAUGAUGCUAAACCAAUGGAAUCAAAUAGAAAGACAUUUUUUAAAAAUAAAGCCAGCUAUGGACUUAUGUUGGACCGUGGGAAAUGAGCUAGACCUUAUUGCCACCUAUCUUUCACUUGCUCUUCUCUAUUCGCAAUAUAAGGAGGUUUGCAACGAGGAGAUAAUACAAGUCUGUUAUGAUGCAGCCCAACAGGCACGGAGUUUAAGUAGGAAGAAGGUUGGUGUGGAUUUAGAAGGAUACUGUGAAGCUAUUGAAAAUAUUUUUUUCUUGCGUCAACAGCGCUAUGGCAAAGAUGGGAGUCACUACAUCGGCAAAGAGUCAAGUACCGGUAAAAGAAACUAUGGGACUGAAAACAUGACAUCAAACGAUCAACAAGUUCCAUUUGCUAGCGCAGAAAACUUACGAGACAGUGCCCUUAAAAAAAAGCAUCGAUCUCACAGGAAUACAACCUUCCAAGAUGGAAGAAACAACGAAAUGCAUGACGUUAGCAGUCCCAGAAACAAUGCCACGGUUGUUGUCGAAUCAUUUACAGAAAUGCACCUUGACGAAAAGAGAGGAUUUGUUAAUAUUGAACGGCUACAAAGAGAGGAAAGAAAAACUGCUGAAGUAGUCUCUAAUCCCCACGAAGGCUUCGUUAACAGUGCAGAUCUCAGAGAUAUCGAAAACAAAAAUGCAUCCAGUGGAGAAAGAGUCAAUGAUUUUGCAAUAGAGAAAACUCAUCUUUAUCGAAGAAGCUCUAAACUACCUAAAAAGAACGAAGUGCAGCAGGGUAAAUUGUACGUAGAAGCUGAGAUGCUACAUGUUAAACCAAAAGAAACAAGUGAAGCAAGUGAUGUCCUGCCAAGCGGUUCUUCUAAGGAAACGCCGAAUGAACUGCCGAUUAAAAAAACCGUUUUUAAAGCGGUCUCAGCAACUGUAUCAGAUGAGGACGGGGGCGAAGUUCAAAAAGUAGAGAAAACCCACCUUCAUGGGAGAAGCUCUAAACUACCCAAAACGGACGCGCAAGUGUCUGUUAAUGGCGAAGAAGAAGCACAUUCAAAUAACGGUUCCUCAGACGACCCAGUUGCAAUAAUUGUAGUAAAUGUUAUUUCAAAUUUCAGACCCUAUGAUACGACAAGUCUUGAGGAAAUGCAGAAAGAGACACGGAAAGAAGAUAAUGGUAGUUUGGAAUUUCCCACAAUUUCAACAAAUCCCACUGACUUCGAUAAAAGCAAAAAAAGGUCCAGUGAAAUUCCAAUUUCCUAUGCAACUCAGCCUUGGCAACCUGAGCCUGAAUUAAUUGUUUCUGCAAUUACUGCACAUCGUUCUACCUAUAAUGGUACACAAGAGCACCAAACUUCCGAUAGACUUCCUGAAGCGUUCAGGUUUGAUGGGGUAACGUUGAAACAGCAAUUAAAAGAAGCUAUUCCUCGUCUAAGGCACGUGGACAGGACUGAAGAUAAAUCAGUAAAAAGCUGGGCAGUGGAGACUUCUAAUUCUGACGAAGAAAUGCAAGAGACAACAGAAGAAGCUAGAAAAAAAGAAAAUUUUGAAUUUGCCAGCCCUCUAUACAGUCUGGAGACCGCCAAUCAAAAAUCUGAAAACAAAUUUUCUAAACACAUUUCACUUACUGAUGAAGAGUUACUUGAGGCCACCGGUAAAACUGUAACGGAAGUAACAACAUAUCAAAAGCCGGAGCAGCCGGCUCAAACAGAUGCGGACGACUCAGUGGAAGAGUUGGAGGGCAAUGAUGACGCAGUUCAAAGAGUUAAGGAUGUAGUUUCGAAGCAAAAACCUGACAACGACUUGACUUAG